CGCGCGGCAGGCGGCGGGGAAGGUGGGGCCGCGGGAGGUGGUGGUCGUCUCCGCCCAGCCCAGCCCGCAGCUGCAGCGGCUGCUGUGCAGGCUGUGGCGGCGGCGGUUCUCCUAGCCGGCUCUUGACAGCCCUCCGCCGCUGCCCAUUUUAUCGCUUGGUCCGGGUGGCUGCGCCAGGUUGAGCCAACCCUCGCCUGCCGCCGCUUCUCCUGCCAUGGCCCUGGUGCGGGGCGCCGAGCCGGCGGCGGGGCCCUCCCGCUGGUUACCCACGCACGUCCAGGUGACCGUACUGCGGGCCCGCGGGCUGCGGGGCAAGAGCUCGGGCGCGGGCAGCACCAGCGACGCGUACACGGUGAUCCAGGUCGGCCGCGAGAAGUACAGCACGUCGGUGGUGGAGAAGACCCCGGGCUGCCCGGAGUGGCGCGAGGAAUGCUCCUUCGAGCUUCCGCCCGGCGCCCUGGACGGCCUGCUGCGGGCGCAGGAGCCCGAUGCCGGUCCGUCGCCCUGGGCCGCAGGCUCCGCAGCCGCCUGCGAGCUCGUGCUCACCACCAUGCACCGCUCGCUCAUCGGCGUCGACAAGUUCCUGGGCCAGGCCACGGUAGCUCUGGACGAGGUCUUCGGCGCAGGCCGCGCCCAGCAUACACAGUGGUACACGCUUCACUCCAAGCCCGGCAAGAAGGAAAAGGAACGCGGGGAGAUCCAAGUCACCAUCCAGUUCACUCGUAACAACUUGAGCGCCAGCAUGUUUGACCUGUCCAUGAAGGACAAGCCACGGUCCCCCUUUAGCAAGAUCAAGGACAAGAUGAAGGGCAAGAAGAAGUAUGACCUGGAAUCCGCUUCUGCCAUCCUCCCAAGCAGUGCCCUGGAGGAUCCCGAGCUGGGCAGCCUGGGCAGGAUGGGCAAAGCCAAAGGCUUCUUCCUCCGCAACAAGCUGCGCAAGUCGUCCCUGACCCAGUCCAACACGUCGCUAGGCUCCGACAGCACGCUGUCCUCGGCCAGCGGGAGCCUGGCCUACCAGGGCCCCGGAGCCGAGCUGCUCACCCGCUCCCCGAGCCGCAGCAGCUGGCUGUCCACCGAAGGGGGCAGGGACUCGGCACAGUCCCCCAAGUUGUUCACCCACAAAAGGACCUACAGCGACGAGGCUGGCCAGACGCGGGCAGCUCCUCCCCGCGCCGUCCUCGACCUUCAGGGCCACCUUGACGCUUCCACCCGCUCUUCUCUCUGCGUCAAUGGGAGCCACAUCUACAACGAGGAGCCCCAAGGCCCCUUGCGGCACCGCAGCUCCAUCUCGGGCCCGUUCCUACCCUCUGGCUCCCGGCCCUCUGAAGAGGGACCUCGGCCUGCAGAUGACUCGUGGGGCAGAGGCAGCCGCAGCGCCAGCAGCUCCGAGGCAGUGCCUGGACAGGAGGAGCUGAGCACUCAGGCCAAGGGGCUGGCCCCUGGAGCCGGCCACUCUGUAGAGGAGGAGGGGGCCCGGCUCCCAGAGGGGAAGCCGGUGCAGGUCGCCACACCCAUAGUGGCCUCCUCCGAGGCUGUGGCAGAGAAGGAGGGAGCCCGGAAGGAGGAGCGGAAGCCCCGGAUGGGCCUCUUCCACCAUCACCAUCAGGGGCUGAGUCGGAGCGAGUUGGGGCGUCGAGGUUCUCUGGGGGAAAAAGGAGGUCCCACCCUGGGCGCCUCCCCCCAUCAUUCCUCCAGUGGGGAGGAAAAGGUCAAGAGUAGCUGGUUUGGCUUGAGGGAAGCCAAGGAAUCAACUCAGAAACCCAGCCUGGACGUGUCUCCUCAGGUAGAACCUGACCCAGCUGCUCUUCCUCACCACCUCCCCUGCUCCCCCCGUGCUCCGGCCCCCCCCACUCCUGCUCCCACCGCUGCUCCCAUGCUAAGCACUAACCUUUUUGCAGCCGCCUCCCCUGCCGCUGCCACUGCUGCCGCCACCGCCACCGCUGCUGCCACCACCGCAGCCCCUGAAGCCACCCCGUCUGGAUUCUCGGGUCUCACCAACCCGUUCCUCACCUCCUUGCAGAGCAACCCUUUCUUCGAGGAACUCAUAGCCGACAUAGCACUAAAUUCUCCUUCACCUGCUCCCUCUCUCCCCAGUGCCUCGAAGGCCAGCCCCAUCCCCCCGGCCUCCCCUGGGAAAGCCCUGCCUGAGUGGGACGACACCUUCAACGUCUUUGCUGCCAGCAGGCUGCGUCCAGAGGCCAGGAGCAAGAUCCUGGCCCCUGCAGGAGUGGGGCUGGAGGCGACUGGGCUGCAAGACCCAGACCCCGGGGCCAUGACAGUGGAGGCAGCUGAGCCCCGGGAGGACCCUGGGGGAGAAGGAAGAGGUGGGAGCAGCGUGUGGCUAGAGCCCAGGGUUCCUCUGGACUUGGGACUGGACCACCAGAACUUGAGUGCCGCCGACCUGGGCCCUCUUGGGUCUGUAGGGACUGGCCUGCCCUCCACCACGUCAGCCUUGCUGCACCCACGAGCCUCAGACUCCGCAGCAGACAGGGAACCGACGGCCCCAGGAGGGGGAGCAGGGCAGAGCCCAGCAGGCAGUGCAACACCUGUGUUUAGCUCCCCAGAAGUGAUUGGUGUGUGGGAGAGGCUGCCCGGCCCAGACGAUGCCCCCGAGGGCGAGGAUGAGGAAGCCUCCAGAGGCGAGAGCCAGCUUUUGCAGGAGCUCAAUACAGUUGACAGUUCCUGGCCUUGGGACGUGGUCACCCUUUCUCCUGCAGUUGAGGUGUCCUCACCAAUCACACGGGGAGAGUCUGAUGAACUGCCUCCUCUUCAGGUGAAGCCAGAGUCACCAGAACCUGUGAGCCCCAUGGGGCACCGGGGGCUUCCCCAACUGGAACUGGAGCCAGAGCCCAGAUCUGAGUGGAUGUUGGACGAGGCACAGCAGCCCGGCACACCGCCUCCCAAGCCACCCCACCUCUUCAUGCCCUCAGAUUACCAGGAUGACGAGGAGGAGGAGACCACAGUGGGGCUAGGUGGCAGGGAGGCAGAGACAGGAGAAGAAGACGCCUUCCCAGAUGCACUGGGUGCUGGUCCCCGGGAGGCCAGUGAGGAUGGCAAGAAGCCGGGCUCAGAGUCUGACAGCUGCUCUUCCGGAACCCUGCUGGAUGAGCCCAGCCUGGAAGAGCCAGUGGAGGGUGGCAGCCCUCCUGUGUCUGGGCCCGGCUUACCUCUGCCCACCAGCUGCCCUGAGGGUCCUGCCCCCACACCCUCUUACUCAGAGAGCAUAGCUUUUCGGAGCCAGCAGAUCUGGGGGGCUCUGAAGAGAGGGGAAGGCCCUGAGGCUUCUGAGGCCCAGAACCGGGAACCAGCAGGAGAGGAGCUUGGGCCCCUGCCGGGCAGCUCCCAACAGCCUGACCCCUGGGCCUUGGAGGAGGACGCCUUGAACCCCUUUUUGUGUCAGGGGAGCAGAGACCCCCCCAGCCUCCCUUCCACAUCCCCUCCAGAGUCCAGGGAAUCUUCCAUUCACUCUGGACCAGAAGAGCUGCCCACGCCCCCAGAACCUGCCUUCCCACCACCCCUUCUCCCGCCCUGGGCCGGCCACUGCCACGGGGGGCCCAGUUCUCCGAGCUCUCCUUUGCCUGGAGCCUGGCCCCUGGCCUCUUUCUCCCCGCUCCCUGGGGAGCCAGCCUCCCCCCUUGGGGGCUCCCCCACCCCACUCGGGGAGGACCACGCUGCAGCCACCCCAGCCUCCCCGCUUGUGCUUCUGCCCUUGGAGACACGACCAGCUGAGGAGCCACAGCCCAGUGCCAGUCCCCACCCUGUGAAGCCCCUCAGUGCCGCCCCUGUGGAGGGCAGCCCCGACAGGAAGCAGCCUCGCUCCAGUCUGAGCACAGCCCUGAGCAGUGGGCUGGAGAAGCUCAAGACAGUGACGUCUGGCAGCAUUCAGCCUGUGGCUCUGGCCUCCCAGAUUAGCCAGACUGUGGACAGCAAGAGGCUGAAGGAUUCCGGUGUGCUGGACCAGUCGGCCAAGUACUACCAUCUGACCCACGACGAGCUCAUCGGCCUGCUGCUGCAGCGGGAGCGGGAGCUGAGCCAGCGGGAUGAGCAUGUGCAGGAGCUGGAGAGCUACAUUGACAGGCUGCUGGUCCGGAUCAUGGAGACCUCACCCACACUGCUGCAGAUCCCCCCUGACCCCCCCAAGUAGCCCUCUUCAAUUGCUCCCCCCCCCCACUCUGGGAGAGUUGGCAUGGACCCACUGCUCAAACAGGGCUCACACCCUCCCUACUCCUGCUGAGCUCACCCUCACGGUGGGGGGGGGGGGCAGGGGGCAGUCUGUCUUCUGUUGUUGCCCCUUGCUCCCCCUCCCUCCUGCCUCAGCUGGGGCUGCUGGAAGGAGGGCCUUUGGACUCCCACUGGAGGUGGAUCUUACCCACCUAUUUUCAUAUCCUUUAGCUUUAGGGAGCUCCAGAAAUUGGAAAGAAUUUAGCCCUCAAGAAAGAGCGGGGGUGAGCUGCAAUUUGAUGAGGUAUCUGGGACAUACUUUAUUACCCCACAGGGAUGGUCAGCCAUUUCUUCCCCAGCUAAAGCCUUGUCCUCUAAAUCUCCCUCCAGCCCCUGGAGGGCUCCUAGUAUUAUAGGGCUGUGGCAGGGACGAAGCUGCCCAUCUGUCUGUGAGUUAUGGGUAACCAGGCACCUACUCUUCAGCCUCACAUCCCGGAGAGCAAGGAGACUGUCUGGUCUAGUGUCAUGUCUGCGGUGUCCUGAGUCUCUCUGUCUCCAGCUAUUUGUGGAGCAAAUGCAGUGUGGAUGGAGGGAGAUGAUGUGCGUUCUCUAGACCACUCCGUACGCUCCUCUUCUGACCUUUCUGUGAGUGUCAUGUGUGAAUGUGUGGAGAGCUGGGGCAGGUGUGGGGAGACUACCUCCUCACCUAUCUCCAAGGUGUGGGCCCCUCCAGGCCUUGGGGCUUUGGGUUUAUGUUUGAGGAUCAAGCCUCCAUCCUGGUUCUUGUUGCCUGUUCAGAUGUCAAAACUCUGCUGCUACAGGGUUUGAACUUUGGGAAACUGAUUAAAAUGUGCCUUUUGUGGGUGGGGUCAUGAGCCUCUGAUUGUAGACCCAGCCCCCUGUUUAGUGCCCACCUCCUUCCCUGUUGAGCGCAGGCGGCUCCGUCUGGCAGGACCCUAGAAACAGAAACGGAGGAUGGGGCAGCCCUGCUGCGUGCUCUGCCCUCCCCUAGAGUUAAUUUUAGCUAAGGGUCUGGCCAAGCUGCUGCUCCCUAAACCUACCUGCUGUCUUCUCUUACUCCCUCAGUACCAAUUGAGGGGAAGGCUUGAGGGAGGAAAAAAAAAAAACAUUCUAGAAGUGGGAGGUCCCACUCUGCCUAUACUUAGGGAAAAGCCUUUGUUGUCCUUCCAUCCAUCCACCACCUGCUGUCCCAGCCUGCCCCUUCUGCCCCAUGGCCCUGAUUGGCUUGGCUGCAGUGCACUUUGAAACGGAGUAUCUGUCCUUUGACCCAGCCCUAGUUUGCUUGCAGAAAAACAGCAGGUUUCUCCACGGCAUCUGCUGGGGACUUUUGGUGGUUUGGGGCACCCUGCCGUGGCAAAGUUGUGGGGUGAGGUGGGUGAGACCUCCUCUGGGAUCGUCUCUUUUUCAUGAGCUUGUGGGGUCACUCUCUGGGAUCACUCAGAAAGCCUGGGAAGGAGAUUGGCUCUGUGAGGGAUGUCUUCUGCCAGGAUGAAGCACCGGAGCCCCACAUAUGGGGGAAAGCCCCCAUAAUGUUAUCUACCUUAAGGAAUACUCAUCAAAGCUAAGGAAAUUGUCCACAGGUAUCUAGGACUUUGGUCAUGUGUUUUGGACAUCAUUGGGGGUUGGAUGGGUAUCUCAUCUGGGGGAAUGGGGUCACUCCUCUAUUAGGUGUCCCUCUGUGCUCUAUUCAGUCCCAGCCCUGACACUGACCUUCCACUCACCCUUGAUUAUGGGCCUCCAGAACGCCCAGGUCAGGGAUGUCUUUAGAAGAGUUUGGAGUUGAAGCCCAAGGUUCUGGCUGGGUAUUCUUGCUCCUGGCCACAAGUUGGAAGAGAGCUGCAGGUGGGAUGGGCAGGGAGCGGGCACAGUUCUGCUUUGCUGUUUGUCUUCCUAGUUGUAACUCCUGUUUAUAAAGAGCUUGUUAUUCAUGUUUCGAGCACUUUACAAAGAAUAAAAAGUUCACAGACUGCA